UCUUUCCCGAAACGGGCCCACCGCCGAAGUAUAGCGCCAAUUCGCGGCCAAAAAGACAUAUUUUGAAGAACUGCGUAAGAUUGAAAGAAAUAUUGAGCAGCAGCACUGCUGCAUUAGUGUUAACGAUGUCUGAAGACAGCGACUUUCUGUUCGCCCAACGUCUAAGCCGUAGACUGAACGGAGAAGAGGCCGUAGAAAAGCAGAGUCAGCCGCAAUCCAAAAAGACAGCAGAUGAGGAAGCCGACUAUCUAUUUGCUCUCCGUCUACAGGAAGAGGAACAGAAGGAGCGUCCCGAUGAACCCACCGACCUGGACGACAGCCUCCAAUUUGUUUAUCCAACCAAACAGGCGAAUGCGUUGGCCAAGAGCUCGCCGCUGCACUCCACGACUCGCUCUGAUAGUAUGGGAAAGGAUUACCUGAAUCAGACGAGCAAUUUGGUGCAUGCCGAGUGGGAAGUGGUCGAUCCCACGCCCAACAUCUUCUCCAUGUUUGUGCGCUUUAACGAGAAGUUUUUUCAGAACCGACUGGGCAGCGUCGUCUUGGAGUGGAGCAAGCGCAUGUUUUCGUGUGCUGGCAUCUGCUAUCUGCGCAGCAAUCGAUACACAAAAGAAAUUACUAUACGGCUGAGCGAGCCGCUGCUCAAGCUGCGUCCACGCAAGGAUCUAGUUGAAACGCUGCUGCACGAAAUGAUCCAUGCCUACUGCUACAUGCUGAACAUACGCGAGGGAAACGGCGGACAUGGUCCGAACUUUAAGCGGAUUAUGAACACCAUCAAUCAGGUGGCUGGGACCAAUAUCAGCGUCUAUCACAACUUCCACGAUGAGGUCGCAAGGUACAAGACACACGUGUGGCGCUGCACGGGCAUUUGCCAGAAUCGUCCGCCGUUCCAUGGCUAUGUUAGGCGCACCGCGAACCGUGCUCCCGGCCCAAACGAUCAGUGGUGGGAGAAGCAUACGCGCGAUUGCAGUGGAACCUUUCAAAAGGUCAGCGAGCCAGAGAAACGCAAGCCACAGCAGAAGGCCAAAGCAGAGAAGCCAGUGGCCAAGGCCACUGUCAAGAAGGAUACGUCCGGCAGCGGGGAUAUACGCAACUUUAUCGGCAAUCCGCCUGCCAAAAAGCAGGCCACAGUGUCGAGUAUUGCCAGUGGAUUUCUGGAUAAUUUGGUGAGCGGCGUGCCGCCCACCUCAUACCCGGGACAGAGUAACAAUCCAUUUGCCAUGCCCAAAUCGAAGAUCAGAAGCAUCUCCGAUCUCAACCAGAGCGCGGAUGAGCAGGAGAACACUGGCGCAAGGGUCAAGGAGAACUUCUUAGGCGGUCAGGGCUACACUUUGACCAGCUCGAAGGGUGCCACAGCUGCCGCUGGCGCAGGCUCGGCCCACGAUGCCGAUUUUGUGCGCAACAUUCGCCAGAAGCGUUUCGGGAAUGUGCCAGCAGCAGCCAAGGAGGAGCCCAAGCAGAGCACUCGUAAGCGUUCCCAUAGCCCCGACGAAGACAGCCCCAUGAUAGCCUGGGAGUCCUACGAUGAUGAUGUGAUGGUGGCGCAGAAUAUGACGCCCACAGUUUUUCUUUUGAGCAGCGAUGAGGAGUGUGACGGCGACAGAGACAGCGUGCAGCCGAAGAGUGACUAUGGCAACGUCACAAGCGGCCAGGAGCUCACACGCAAGAUCAAGCAGGAGGUCAUGUUCGAUGAGUCCAAGGACUUUGAUGACGAUGACAUUGUAAUGAUUGACGAUGAGUACGAUGAUGAGCAGCAGGAGGAUGUUGAUAGCAGCCUCAUAGCAGCCACCGAGCUGGCCGAUCAAUCCGUCAUCGAUGAUUUGUUUGGAACGGACACGCUGCUGGCGGAGUUUCAGCUGCAGAACGAUGUCGUGGCGACUGGCUCGCGUACCGAGAACAAUUUAAACAACGACAUUGUCACCUGUCCCAUUUGCUUCAACAGCAUCAAACGCUCGCAGCUAUCGAAUCAUUUCGAGGGCUGUUUCAUUACCAACAAAGUGGAGCCGCCAUCCUUCAAGCCCAAGUCAAAAUCGAGACCAUCGGCUGCUCCCACUGCGACCAUAACUUCAGGCAAUUCCAGAGCAACCCGCAACCGUAGCUCCUCGAAGCAAGUGCUGCGCGAUGCUGGCUACACCGAGGCGGAGAUAGCGCCGCUCAAUCUAAGCAGCGAGGAGGAGCCAACACCGCGCCAGCUGCGGCAGCGUAGUCUGUUCAAGAAAACAAUUUCAUGCCCCAAGUGCGGCCGGGAGUUGCUUGGCCAUCAGCUGGAUGCACAUCGCAGCCUCUGCGGGGGCAAGCUAUAACUAAUUGUUAUCCUAUUAUUAUAAAACAUUUACCUAUAAUUAAUCAUUAAUCAACCCACACACACACACACACACCUACGUUAAAUGUUAAGCGCUUUCCGAAAAUUUCUGUUUUAUUCAGCCCCAGAAGUAUUUUUUGUUUUGUUCCGACGUACCUAAAAUAAAGCAACAAGCCACACAA